AUGACAAUUGACAAUAACACACAUACCGAUCCCCAGACGCCUACAAAAGCCCUAACUGGCGCCGCGAUCUUCGAUGAUCCCGACGCGGACAUAACUCUAUUUAGUACCGAUGGACAUGAGACCAAGGUACAUUCGUAUCUGCUGCGAUCAGAGAGUACGGUAUUUCGAGGUAUCUUGAGCGACAAGAAUUUCUUCAACGACCAUUCUCCUCUGUUAUUUGAAGCUGAAACCCCACUCUUGGGAGUUUGGAACAAUGUUCCCGCUUGCUCGAGUUGUGCGACCGAUAUGGACUGUACAAGGUUGUACAAGGUCGAGGAACGUAUUCGAAACAGGAUAGCAGAUUUGGUACCUCAAAAACCAUGGGAAGGUUUUGUAUUGGCUAGUCAAUUGGAUGAUGUUACUUUGGCGAAAAGUGCCUUGAGAUCAAUGAACAAACAAACUCAUACACAAAGUUUCAAUCUAUCUUUAACUUUUAUCAAAAAAGAGGUAGCCAUUCAACCUACUGUACCAUAUUUGAUUGGUCUACUUAGAGCUGCGGGGGAACCUGAUCAAUUGUCAUAUGCAGAUACGAGAGAUUGGUAUAAGAUCGCAGAUCGAUUUAACCCUCUCUGA